AUGGGGAAAUCGAAGCAAAAGGUGGAGAACAACCCUCGAGGAUUGACGCUUUUGUAUCCUCCCGCAGAGCCGAAGGUCGAGUUUAUCUUCGUUCACGGCCUGAGAGGCGGCUCUGUUAAAACAUGGUGCAAAGACGAGCAGUUGGAUCUGUUUUGGCCCAAGGAGUGGAUCGCCACAGACGAGGAUUUCCAGCACCGAGUCCGAACAUUCUCAUUCGGUUAUGCAACCGACUGGUUAACAUCGCAGUCGAGCCAACUGACGUUGCAUGACUUCGGGCGAGACCUCCUCCACCAGCUCGAGAACUCCCCUCAUCUGCGAAAGGAGCAAAGAACUCCCAUUGUCCUCAUCGGCCACUCCAUGGGAGGGUUGGUGAUAAAAAAGGCAUACCUUCUGGCCCAUCAACAGAGAAAGAGCAUUGCAAAUCGCAUAAAAUACGUCGUCUUUCUUGCGACGCCUCACAGAGGGUCUGGCUCGGCGGAAAAACUCAACAGUCUCCUCACCCUUACAGGCUGGGAGAAAGCCUAUGUUGAAGAUCUCCGUCGGAAUUCGGGCUCUUUGCACGUCAUCAACGACGAGUUCAGAACCGUUGCUCGUCCAGACACACUACGCCUGUUGAGCUUUUACGAGACUCUGGGAUCUUUCAAAUCGCAUUUGAUCGUGGACCAAGACUCAGCGGUCCUGGGAUAUUACGGUGAAGAGGUCAAUAUGCUCUUAGCAGACCACCGAGGUAUCUGCAAAUUCGACAGCCCACAAGAUGAGAACUAUAAGAUUUUACGGAACGCGCUGUUGACGAUCACAGAAAGCCUGAUUUCGGAGCCCAAUCAAAGCGCACUCCAAGACAAAGCGGAGCAGAUGAUGUCCAUUGAGACAUAUUUGAACAUCAGUCACUCCCCGCAGUCUGAUCUAGACCGACUUCGCGAGAAACAAAUAGAGCAGUCGUGUGCGUGGUUAGAGGCCCGUGCAGAAUUCCAGGCGUGGCGGGAUGGUGCUCUGGGCAUGGAUGCUGUGGCAGAAGGCUCACUUCGCUCACGCACAUUCCAGAGACAGUCGACAAUGCCCAUUAACGGUCGCUGCAGUAUAUAUUGGCUGACAGGCAAGCCUGGAGCUGGGAAAUCCGUUUGUGCUGCCCACGUCGUGAUGCACCUACUGUCCCUAAAGCAAGAUUGUUCAUAUCAUUUCUUUCGUGCAGGCGAGAAGCGAAAAACAAGUGUCAGUGCGAUUUUGCUCUCAAUCGCUUUUCAGAUGGCCGAAAUCCACGAUAAUGUCAGGAAAGAUCUUGUAAUAUUACAGGAGGCAAGGAACACCUUUGAUGAAGACGAUGAGGGUGCGGUAUGGAGAAAGCUUUUCGUCAAUUCCAUACUGAAGUCCCAUAUCCGACAGCCUCAGUAUUGGGUCAUUGACGGAGUGGAUGAAUGCGCCACUAUCGAAAAGUUGUUCUUGAAACUUCACACCCUCGAAAGCUCUUUUGAUCUCAGAAUAUUCAUGACCAGCCGUCGGACUUCUAAACUGGAAACGCUCUUCAGAAAGUUCAGACCAAGCACCCAUACGACUGUGGAUUGCAUUCAGUCCGAUGAUACACAGGUUGACAUGAGGCUUUAUAUCAAAUCUCGUCUCGAUUACCUCCCUGUGGAUGACCCUUUCGAAAGGAACGCCUUGAUUGAAAGGCUUCUCGCAAAGGCCAACAAUUGUUUUCUGUGGCUAGCUUUGGUCAGCCAAGAGCUCGAGGGAGUCUACUCGGAGGAGUCUAUACGAGAAGUGCUUGCAGAAGUUCCCCUGGAGAUGGGGAAGCUUUACCAGAGAUCUAUCCAGUCCCUGCACGCAUCGAAGCGACAAGGCGAGCGCAAUGUUGCUAAAGCGAUUCUGAUUUGGUCGGCGUGCGCCAUCCGGCAACUUAAGUUAGAAGAGCUGACGAUCGCGUUGAAUGAGUAUGAUGCGUGCAAAGUUCCAAACCUGAAGGCGGUCAUUGAAGGUCCAUGUAGCGGCUUGCUUCUGCUCGAUGGUAAGGGCGUGAUACAACUGGUCCAUGGAACUGCACGUGAGUAUGUGCUCGGUGUUCUGGAAUCCUCGUUCGAAGUCACACGCCAUUCUGCGCACGAGCAACUAGCAAGAGCAUGUCUGAAAUGCCUGGAGAAAGAGAUGGUGUUUUCUCGCAGCCGAUCGUUGGGCGUCAGUGAACACGGCCGGACGCGAAGUCGAAGUGCGUUUGCCGACUAUGCCAGCAUUGCGUUUUCCGAACAUCUCGUGGCCUCUUCGUCACAGUCAAACCAAUUGCUCAAGGAUGUGUGCGGAUUUUUGUCCAGCAGAGUGUUGGCGUGGAUUGAACAUGUUGCGACGGAGCACCCGUCAUUAUACCCUUUGACCCGGGCAGCCAAAAACCUCAAGGAGUUCCUGAAAAGGCAAGCAAAGCAUGACCCCCUUCCAGGCACGGACUUCAGGACUGUGGACGACUGGUCCACAGAUCUAAUCAGACUUGUCGCAAAGUUCGGUCGUAUCCUUCGGAGCAACCCAAGCUCCAUUCAAUCAAACCCCGUCGGUUGCACCCAAACAGUCGCGCCUGUUCCAGACAGUCCAGAAGGGUCCGAAAUGGCUAGAAUUCGUCGGUCCAGCUUCUGA